UUCAAGGCUGCGGAGUGCGCGGCGGGGCGCCGUUCCCAGGCCUGGCUCACUGGACUCCGCAGGGCGUCGCGAGCCGAGCGCCGUGGAUGCCCCUGGCUCUGUGGACUGAGGCGACCAGGGGUCCGCCUUUCUUCCCCUUUAGGAUCCAGGAAACUGUCUUCAGCCCUCUUAGAUCACCGAAUCCGAGCUGGCGCCCACAGAGUAACGGCCAUCAGCCCUGCCCUGUGAGGAAAGCCAUUGGUGCCAGCCGCCCAGAGGCGGACGGGACCAGUUCUGAACCCCAGCCUGGUGAAGACAGUAAUUCCAGCUCCCUCCUUUCCUCCGGAGGUUAUAGUUCCAGGGAAGGAGAGCAUUUGGAGUCCAACAGAAGAUCAGAGUUGCAGAAGCACAGAGAACAGAGAGGACAGUGGCCCCAGAUAUGAGGUCUGUUCAGGAGGAUGAACCCUCACUUGCAGAAACUGGAGCUGCUCCAGAGAAUCUGCCUGAGAUGAAGACAGAGAGCCAGACUUCAGCAUCCUUGGUUACAAAAAUCUCUACCGAGACAAAGUUUUCUGAAAGUGCCCAAGGAAGCCAAAUGUGGCAUGACAAAAGCCCAAUGACAUGGUCGCUGACUGCCUGGACUUUGGACACCCAGACUCUAGCCACUCGGGCUACAAAGGCUCAGGCCUGGGAGACCCAGGCUGUUGAGGUUCAGGUCAGGGCCAACCAACUCAAGCAACCUUCUGUGGCAAUAGCGACAGCUCCCUCUGUCCUGAAACCGAAACCCUCAGACGAGGAGGUGCUGGUCAAACUGGAAGGAUUGGCCCACAUAGAAGAGGAAAAGAGUGAGAUCUUCUUUUCCCGUUCAGUCUGGCCCAGCAAGUUUGAGUAUAUCCUGGCCCAGAUUGGCUACUGUGUGAGGCCAUCCCAUCUCUGGCGCUUUGCCCACCUGUGGCUUCACAAUGGAGGUUGUAAGUCUGAGGACCCAGAAACGUGGAUCCACAAGGAGCUAGCUGGACUGAGGCCUCCUGACGCUUUAAACCAAUGCUCUGAGACAUGUGGAGGCUGGAGACUUGGCCCUCUGAGCAGGCUAAGAGUCAGACACCUGAGUACCUAGGUCACGAGAGGGGCCGGGGGCAGAAUG